AUGAAAAAAUGCGAUUUUUUCGCUCUUGCCCUUUGCCUUCUUCUCAGUUAUUCCAAGUCUCAAAAACCCAAUGGUGAAAAUGAACUCGAUUUUGAUGAUCAAAAGGUUGUAACAUUGGGUCCACCAAGAGAUGGUUUUCAACGAGCAAUAUUUGAUGAAGUAGCAAUGAACGAUAUCAAUAGGUUGUCUGCAGAAGAUAUUACGCUCGUAAAAAAUGAUAUUGGCGCAUAUGACGAUAAAUUCGUUGAUUUACGAGAAGAAGAACCAUUAUUCAUACCAAAAGCAUAUCGAAAUGAUAUACACAAAGGUGAAAAAACAAAAUCAACGGUCAAAGUAAAUAGAGUAGUUACUGAUACACCACCCAAGCAGGGAAACACGCUUGCACGAACUCUACAAUCGAAUAUUAGUCGAACUUCAUUACUUCCUCUUAUUACACGACCACCAGUUACUACGCAGUUACCAUUCCAAUCGCCCCAAACACAAUUCUUUUUGCGUCCGCAAUUUUCACUUCGACCUCCAAUAUCACCUCCGCGAAUUAUUACUCAACAACAACUGCCAACCAGAAUAUCAUUCAGACCGCAAAUAAUACCAAAAGAGACACUUUUGUUCCCUCAGUCCUCUCAAUUUUUUCAACGACAACAACAUUUUCGAAACGGUUUCAUAUUUACAACACCACAACCAACGCUAUCGCCUCUGCAGUCAGCAUCUGUAGGAGCUGAUAACAGGCAAGGUCCGCUGAUAUUGCCAGUGAGAUCAAGGCAGCAACCUUCACGACUCACUAUUCGACCUCCAAUAUCGUCUCUAAUAACUUCUGAUUCCUUAAGAACAGGAGUAUGUCAUGCGUCAAUUUUUUACAUUUCAACACCAAUGCAAGGCUCAACAAGAAAUUCAUUCACUCAUUUUGCUAUUACUGUAUCAGUAGAUCAGUGCGCAAGAACUUGUCAUGAAUUCAAUUGUGCAAUAGCACACUAUGACCCAAGCACUGGCCACUGUCAGUUUAAUCCAUCGACCGCUUUUUCAAUAAGAGAAGGACAAUGUCCACCAUGGCCUGCUACUCACUAUAAGAAUAAUGUUCGAUCAACUAUUCCCCUACGAAUAUUUUGUGUUCAGUGUCAUCGACCAAUUCGAAGAGGGCGAAUAAGUAACACCGGAAAUCGUUUUAGGACAGCUAUUUUAAACUCACUCUUUACUGGAAGGUUGUCUAAUUCUCUACGAGGUCGUGCAUUAGCACGAGCACAUUCAGUACCUAUAGCACAUCCAGAUGUAAUCUUUGAAUCAUCCGUCCAUAAUACUGACUCCCAGUCAGAAGAAAAGCAACAAAACAUAACUCAACAAAACCACAAAUCAUGGCAGGAACUUCACCGGAAUUCCAGUAAUCAAUAUGGACAUUAUGGAACAAAUAAGAAAACGAGACACGAAGCUACCGAUCAUCGCAGAAGAAGUCAAUCACAGACUAAUCGACUAGUUAUGAAGAUAGAGCCAUUUACUAGAAGUGAAAACGAGCGUUAA